AUGGAAAAUAAGAAUCAAAAUAACAUCAAAGUACUCGUCAGAGUGCGACCACUACUAUCUAGAGAAAUUCAAGAUGAAAUACCCCACUCAUUAGUGUCAAUGCCUCCUGGUGCAAAACAAACCACACUCAGAAAUCCCAAAACAAAUGAAUCAAAAUCAUUCUACUUUGAUGAUUGUAUAUGGUCAUUCAAUAAGCAAGAUCAUCAUUAUAUUGACAAUUUCAAUUUCUACAAACAAACAGGACCAGAUUUGUUAACUCAUUUAUUUGAAGGUUAUAAUGUAUGUUUAUUAGCGUACGGUCAAACAAGUUCUGGAAAAACUUAUACAAUGAUGGGAGAUCAAACUCAACCAGGUAUUAUCCCUUCAUUAAUGAAUGAUAUUUUAAAACAAAUGGAAUUAUCAAUAAAUCAAAAAAUUCAUUGUGAAUUAAAAUUUUCAUAUAUGGAAAUUUAUAAUGAAAAAGUUAAAGAUUUACUUAAUCAUAACGAUUUAAAAUGUAAAGUUAGAGAACAUCCCAUUACGGGUCCAUAUAUUGAAAAUUUAAAAGAAUACACUAUUAAAAACUACAAUCGUUUCUUGCAUUUAUUGAAUACUGGUAAUUCAAUAAGAUCAACUGCUACAACACAAAUGAAUGAUCAAAGUUCAAGAUCUCAUGCUAUUAUUACUUUAACUUUAAAACAAAUUAAAUUUGAAAAUAAUGAUGAAGGAGAAGGGAUUGGAGAAGCAAGUGAAGAAAUGAUAUCAAAUAUUAAAUUGGUUGAUUUGGCAGGUUCCGAAAGAUUAACUAAGACAAAACUAUAUGGACAAAAUGAUAGAAUUAAAGAAGGUGCUUUGAUAAAUAAAUCAUUAACUGUUUUAGGGAGGUGUAUACAUUUAUUAUCCACUAAGACAAAAGCAGUUGUACCAUAUAGAGACUCCAUCUUAACAUACAUCCUAAAGGAAAAUUUAGCAGGAAAUUCCAAAACCUGUAUGUUAUUUUGUAUAUCACCAUUAGAUUAUGAAGAAAGUCACCAAACUUUAAACUAUGCAAAUGAAGUUAAAAAAAUCAAAACUUUAGCAAGAGCAAAUAAAACUAAAUUAUCAACUAUUAUAAAUUGGGAAGAAUUACAAAAAACUGAUCAAUCAAUUAUAGAUUCUUUAAAAGAUGAAAUUGAAUCCCUCACAAGUAAAUUAUCAAAUUUGGAGACUGAAAAUAAUUCAAGAUCAUCAACACCUCCUCAAACACAUUUGGACUUUCAUAAAAUUAUAGAAUACUUGGAAAAAGAUUCAUCAAAGAUAAAAUUUGAGAAUUUAUAUUUAAAAAAUCAAUUAAGUAAGAAAAAUAAUCACAUUAUGGAAUUAAAUAAACAUAUAAAUUAUAUUGAAGAUGAAUAUCAGAGAUUACAUAAUGAUUAUCAAAACCUAUACAAUCAAAAAUUUGAAACUACAAAAAAUCAACUAAUUAAUGAAAUUCAAAUUUGUAAUGACAGUUUCAAAACUGAUUUAUCUGAAUUUGAUCCAAAAUUAUUUUAG